AGUCCUUCAACCCGCAAACAGAACUCUCGCCUUCACGACACGCCCGCACAUAACCCUUCCCUCGCCCCCCCCCGGGGUCAGUGCACUCCGUAAAUAUGGCUUCCUCGUUUUCUUCUCGGUCGGCAUUCGCCCUCUUCGUCGCCAUUCUCUCCUUUCUCGGUGCUGCGCUGGCCGACAACACCAAAUACGUUACCGGGACCGUCAAUGGACAACAGGUGUAUUUGAAAGAUAACCGACGACCGGCGCUGUACACUGGGAACUUUGGAGACUGCAUGGGCAGCAGCACCGUCAAUGUGACGCGAUUCGAUGCUGCGUACUACAAGGAUAACAUGACUGUGCUUUUCCACCUGGCGGGAGAGACUGCUCUGACGAACGAGGCUCUUAUGAUGUACAUCGGGGUAUUCGCUUACGGAGAAGGUCGAUUCGACUUGACCUUCAACCCGUGCAGCGCAAACAUCGCCAGUCUAUGUCCUAUGCGAGCCGGAAUCCCAAUCGAGGCCAACGGUAUCAUUCCCAUUAGCCAGAGCGAUGUCGCCGGGAUCCCAUCGCUCGCUCUAGUUAUUCCCGAUUUUGAAGGAGAGGCUAUCCUGAGGAUAUUCGCAAACUCUACACAAUCUGAAAUUGGCUGCUUCUCUGCCGUAGUUACCAAUGGCAAUACUUUUUCGCAGCCGGAAGCUGUGGGCUCGAUUCUGGGGAUAUUCACCAUUGUUGCUGUCAUAGCGUCGUUCGCUACUGCCAUCUACGGCGACAACAUCCCGGUCAUGCGCAAACACUACGCACACUCGCUAUCCGUCCUGGUGGUGUUUGCUGUGUGGCAUCACAUCUUCUUCAGCGGAGCUCUUUCCAUGAACUGGCCGAGCGUGCUGGUAGCGUUCUGGAGCAACUAUGCUUGGGCUGGUGGGAUGAUAUAUACGGAGGCCAUGCAAAACUCUAUCAAUAAUUUCGUUGGAUCCAACAAGGGCAAUACCUCGGCGGUCGGAGCUGCCGGAGUUGGUACCUCCAACGAGAAUCUCGGAGGCGGAUACGAUAUUUCCAAGAUUUACAAGCGCGACGUGUACAAUAAUGCUCUGAAUGUCCCUGGACUCAUGAGGCGGAGCAAGUUCAACCGGGUGGCUCGCCACCUUGAGGAGCACCUUGCAAAGAGAGAACUUGCCAACAGCACGGAUGGUUUCUCGUAUUAUGGCCGUCCGGUCAAGCCAGGCCUUCCACUACCAGGAAACUAUUCCGGAUUCGCCGGAACGCUUGCAGAGGAGAAUAUCCCGGCGUCGAAUGCAUUCAUGACCGGGUUCCUCUGGUUCCUCAUCCUUAUGGUCAUAGUGGCCGCCUCGGUUAUUGCUCUCAAGUUCACCUUGGAGGCCCUGAUCAAGACGAAGUUGGUGAAGAAUGAUCGACUUGCUUUCUUCAGAACGCACUAUCUCGGCUACACGGCGCUUGCUGUUCUUCGGACCCUGUUCAUCGGAUUCUUCAUGCUUAUCUUCCUUUGUCUUUUCCAGUUUACUUACCUUGGAUCUACUGGCCCUGUGGCCAUCGCCAGCAUCGUCUUCCUGAUGAUGUUGGUCGGCCUGGGCGGAAUUGCAGGCUACGCUUGCUUCUACAGGAUCAAAUUCGGAAAUUAUGUCUCGGAACCAGACCGUCUUAAUCUAGAGAAGAGGAAGGCCUUAAAGUUCAUUCCCUGGUACGGAUUCUCACGGGCAAGCGAAGGGGCACGGUCGGAAGAUAAAGUUUAUGCUGGUUCCCUGCCGUGGUGGAGAGUUCGGCCUGCUUCUGAGGAGGAUAAAUCAAUCCAUGAUGAUGAGGCCUUUACCAAGAAGUUUGGCUGGCUUGCUUCCCGCUUCCGUAGGACUCGCUGGUGGUUCUUCGUUGUUUGGCUGGUCUACGAGUUCGUGCGAGCAUGUUUCCUUGCUGGCGCCUCCGGACACCCCAUGACCCAAGUUUUUGGCCUCCUCGUGGUCGAAUUCAUUGCAUUCAUUGGCAUCAUCAUAAUGCGUCCUUUUGAGGGGCAACGGUUGAACCUACUUGUUGUCUAUCUCCUUGGAUUCAGCAAGGUGGCUACAGUCGCGCUCUCGGCCGCUUUUGAUACCCGGUUCAACCUCCCACGCAUUCCCACUACCGUUAUCGGGAUCGUCAUUAUCGUCAUCCAAGGGAUUCUCACCAUCAUCGUUCUCAUGGCGAUUGUGCUAGGAGCUAUCUCCAGUUACAUGUCGGUGAUGCGUAACCGGGAAGACUUUAGACCCAAGAAGUGGGUUCCUUACCGUAAGAGGUACUUCAACCACAUCGACCAAAAAGAGAAGGACGCUCCCCCUUCUCCGCCACCCCCUCCACCACCAGAACCAGAGCAACCCAAGGGCCCUUACUUCAGCGUCAAUUCUAUCAAGCGAAUGCCAAAGAUUGAGGAUGAGGAUGCCGAAUUCGUAGCGGAGAUCAGUGGCGAACCCAAUAUGUCCCAGGUUUCAUUAGCGUCUAGGAACAUGGCUGAAGCUGCUGAGAUUCAGAACCGCCCCAGCAGAGCUCCGAGUAUCCGGUCCCAGAUGUCCUUCACCAGCCUUCCGUAUGGCGCUCGCGUCCACCGCGCGAGCUGGAGUUCCCGAGACUUCAGUGACUAUCACGGCCAUAACCGACAGCGUACGCUGAGUUCUACUAUGCCGCUCGCUCCCGAGCCCCCUAGUCGACCAGCAAGCCGGACUCUGCCUGCACUCAACGCACGUUUUGCCGGCAGCAGCGAGAAUGUGAAUCGUCAAGCUAGUCCACUAUCUAGUCGACCUUUGACACCGGUCAUGUCGCCAGUGGAGAUGGGUCGCGAGUCGAAUAACCCUAGUCCCCUUGCUCGACCAAAGAGCAGACCCAGCGUCGGCGCUCCGAGGACUUCCAGACCGCAGCUACAGACGCUGAUGAGUGAAAACGAGAUCCCAAGUUUGCCGCAGAUGAAACAUGCGAGGGAUGCUGCGAAACCUAGCGCGGUGACAUGAGCAGAAGUGAAGCACGGAGGAGCCGCAAACGGAACGGAGUGAUUAAUGAAGACGCUUGAGGACGAUUAUUCCUCAUCUCAACAGCUUUCCACAGCUUAACGAAGUCAUGAUACGAAAACAAGUCCUGAG